UGCCCUUUGAUUUGUUGACCUACAUCCAAACUGAUGCUCUUAAAAAAAAGGCAUAAACAGAUGUGAUGAAACUCAUGAAGACAAGUGUAUAUAAAGCUGCUGUUUUCUCUUGUUCAGCACCUCCACACAGGAAGACCACGGAUCAUCCUUCAACAGCUUCAUCAUCAUCAUCUUCAACAUCUGCAUCAUCUCCACCAUGAAGAUGCUGACUGUGUCUCUACUCGUUUGUGCCUUGAUGGCUCUGGCUGCAACCCAAGACGACGUGGUCGAGCCAAGUCAAGCACCAGAAGCGACAGCCGCGCCAGACGGGACAGCCGCGCCAGACGGGACAGACGCGCCAGACGGGACAGACGCGCCAGACGGGACAGACGCGCUAGACAAUUCCACCGAAGCCACACCACCGGAAUUUUUCCCGUUCCAAUGUCGCCUUUACGGCUUCGUUGACACACCGAUGACUUGGGCUACCGCUGAGAAACACUGCCAGACCAUGGGUGCAAACCUUGCAUCGGUGCACAGUAAAGAUGAGUAUCAGUACCUUCUGCAGUUCACAAAACAGAACAAUGCUAAUCAAGAAACCUGGCUUGGAGGCUCUGACUGCCACAAGGAAGGCGAGUGGCUCUGGAGUGAUGGCAGCGCGUUCGAACAUACAGAGUGGUGUGAUGGGAGACCUGAUGAUGAAUGUCACAUCCUGAAUUGUCUCCAGAUGAACUAUGGAGUCGAUUUCUGCUGGGACGAUUAUAAGUGUUCCGCCACUCGCUCAUUUGUCUGUACCAAGCCAAUACUCUGCUGUCCAGAAUCACCCUGUCCCGUGGAGGUCCCAUCUGAUCAGUAGCUCCUGAGCUGACACACACAGAGAGACACCAACCAAACACACAAACACCUGCUGGAUGUGACCGUGUGAAUGUCUUUGUGUGUCAUAUAUCAGUCUCAUGUGUAAUCACAUCUUUUAUAAUUUGGCUGUAACGCUGCUGACGGGAUGAAGCGACAAGUGACGUAACAGGAGCUGGACUUCCUCUUUGACCUUUAAUGAGAGGAGGCUGAAUGUGUUAUGAAAAGACGGCUUUUUAGCACAAACUAAUCUUUGAUACCCAAUUAAAACUCUUGAGCAUUUGAA